AUGCUCCCGGCGCAGACAAAGGCCGGCCCGACCGGCUGCCUGCCUGCGGGGCGCGGUGACUCACGCACGCACCGGCCGCAUCAGACGCCACCAUGCCCGGCCGUCGCGGCGGACGGCGCAGCCCCGCGGGCACCGGUGGGCGCAGGACGGAGGGGCGGCAGCCUCAUACUCCCCGCGGUUCUAGCCGCCGGCCCGCCCACUGCCGGGCGCGGAAGGGCGGCCCCGGCAGCGCCCGCUGCAGCGCCGAGGGCGGCAGGGGCAGCAGUGACAUCAGCGCCCGGCCCGGCCCCGCCACCCGCCGGCCCCAGAGCCCCGCAGCCCGCCGCGCUCGCGCCGCCCCGCGCGAGAGCCCCCGCGAGCCUCCGCGCCUCGUGCGCGCCGCCGCCCGCGCCGCGGCCGGGGUGGGGAGCGCGCGCCCCGCGCCCCCGGCACCUGCGCGCACGGGGGCGGGGCCGCCGCGCGACGGGGGCGGGGCUGCGGCGUGCGCGGAGCGGAGCCUGUGCCGGCAGCGCCGCCGCUCACCCGCACCGAUCACCGCUACCCCAGCGCCGCCGCUCACCCGCACCGAUCACCGCUGCCCCAGCGCCGCCGCUCACCCGCACCGAUCACCGCUACCCCAGCGCCGCCGCUCACCCGCACCGAUCACCGCUACCCCAGCGCCGCUACCCCAGCGCCGCCGCUCACCCGCACCCAUCGCCGCUACCCCAGCACCGCCGCUCACCCGCACCGAUCACCGCUCCCCCAGCGCCGCCGCUCACCCGCACCGAUCACCGCUACCCCAGCGCCGCUACCCCAGCGCCGCCGCUCACCCGCACCCAUCGCCGCUACCCCAGCGCCGCCGCUCACCCGCGCCGAUCGCCGCUACCCCAGCGCCGCUACCCCAGCGCCGCCGCUCACCCGCACCCAUCGCCGCUACCCCAGCGCCGCCGCUCACCCGCGCCGAUCGCCGCUACCCCAGCGCCGCCGCUCACCCGCGCCGGCCGCCGCUAUCCCAGCGCCGCCGCUCACCCCGCACCGACCGCCGUUCCCUCAGCAUCACCACUGAAGCGGCCGAUCCUACCUGCGGGUUUCGGGAACACGCAGCCCCACAUCGCCGUUUUGACCCAGGAAGCCAUCACUGUCUGACAGUCUGUCCCUGCAAGGCAUUCUAGAAUGUCUGGCUAAAACUGGAAAGAAACAAAAUGUCAUUGCUCCAGUAAAAGGCAUUUCCAGCAA